AUGGGGCAGUUGGUGGCCUUCCCUCAUAUGGCGUCAGUACACGAAACGCGCCCCACAAAUAUUGAACUUUAUAGUACUGAAACGCCGAAGAAAAAUACAGACAGUACAUUACGUCAUUUCGACUAUGAAACCUACUAUAAACAUAAGGAAAAAGAUCCAGAACAUCACAAUCCUCUUUUACAAUAUUUGUCGGAUACCGAAUUAAAAUUUCACAAUGAUAAUAUUUACGAAGCAUCACCAUACGGUUUACCACGACGCACUGAUAUAUUAAAAGAUUAUGUCAAAAUGAAUCCGAAUUUUGAACAUUUAAAUCGUGUUUAUGAACCAAAUAUGACCUUGAUAGAUAAACAACGAUAUAAACGAUGUGUUUCACAGCAACAACAAAAAUUACAUCGAAUUAAAAAGAAAUUUAAUUUUGUAACAUAUGACGGUUAUACAUCACAUUAUUUUUUAACAGGUGCUCGAUAUAAUCGUUUUGAUACUGUUGAUUCAAAAAUUUUAUUAAAAUAUGGUACUUUUGUCAAUCGAAAUAAUCCUGAACAAGUGGAUAUUAAAGCAUCUCAUUUUAAAAAAUUUCGUGAAAUAUUACAAAAUCAACGUUCAUCGAGCGUCGAUUUAAAUUCGAUACAAAAUAGAGAUGAACAAAAACAGCAACAACAGGAUUUAGAUGAUUUAACAAAUCGUUAUGAAAGAAGUUCAAGCGGACAGUCAAGGAUAAAACUACCAUCAAUUGGAAAUGCUAAAUAUAGUAAUAAAUUACCAAAACUAAAUGAUCCCGGGCUCUAUGUGGAAACCGCUUGUCAAAUGCCCGAACGAAAACGAGGUCGUAGAUCUGUUGAUCGUUCUUCGUCACACCGUAGUAGUCGUUCUCGUCGUCAAUCUCAGCAACAACAACAAUUACAUUCACAAUAUCAGCAACAAUUACAACUACAACCAAGUAGCAAAGUGUCAUUUUCACAUGUUUCUGAUAGUGUUAAAAAUGAUACUACCAAAAUGAUCGUUCGAGAUAAUACAACAAUCUCAAACUCAAAAAAUAUUCUUAUGGAUGAACAAAAUGCAGCAGGAGUCGAAGAUAAUGAAAACGAACAUCUUCACCAACAAUUUGAUUUGAAUUUAGAAGAUAUCAAUAAGCCGAUACCAGAUGAAAAUAGUAAUGAUAAUACCGAUGAAGUAGACAACAGUGAAGAAACAAUGGUGAUACUUCGUGAACAAGCAAAUGUGUUAAUAUCCAAUAUUCUUUCAGCUGCCUUUGAUCAAUUGGCUAAUCAAGAAUAG